AUGCCACCAAAGAAGUCAAACUUGGUGCCAGACAAAAUCUGCCUCCCAACAUUUCGCCAAACAGCAAACACCAAUAACGGCUCCUCGAGUCAACAGCCACCGGCGCAAGCUCAACAAUCACAACCGCCACAGCGACAACAACGGCAAUAUGAGUCCUUCACCUCGGAUAUAGACCUCGGUCCCUUGGAGCGCUAUAAUCUCCAAGGUCAAGAAUACGGGACCGAUGCGCAGUAUCCCGCACAACGGUUCCCAGCAAACGCGAACACGGGCUUCAACUUCCCCCCCGCGGGGUCGUCAAGCACGAUCCUCCCAAACAUGCCUCAGCCGCAAGCCCAGUUCCCGAUGACAAGUUUCAUGCCAACCCGCGACGUCCGUCUGCCGCCAGCGCAGUACAUAGAACCCAGCAACCAGCAGUACACCUACAACUACUCCUGUACUACUCCCCUCCAGCCCCAGCCGUCGAAGCGCAGGCUCUCCGAUGUGGCCUCUGGUAGAGAAGGAGGUAGAGAAGGAGGAGAAGAAGAUGGGCCAGAAAGACCGGCAAAAAAAACCAGACGGGCCCCCGCGCCUGACCUCGGCUUUUGGCAACCCGCCCUCUUCCGUAAACAGCCCUCACUCGAGGUCCGCGUCCCGAUAGACAAUGUAUGCGACCACUGCCGGGCCGGCGGCCACCAGAACCAGGGCUGCAACGCCGACUUCGCCGCCCAGAUCGAGUGCAACCAGUGCUGCCGGUACCGCAACCUCACGGACCCGAACCACGUCUGCAGGGUCCUCGACAGGGAGUACUGGCAGAAGCGCUUCGCCAACUCGCGGCCCUCGUACCCCACCCACGAGGAACAGACGAGCUGCUGCGCCCGGUGCAAGGAGAGACGCGGCAGCGGGCGCCCGGCGCUCUGCGACAUGGACGACCGCGUCAAGAUUGGGUGCACGCCGUGCAAGAAUGAUCGAGUACUAUGCAGGGCGUACAACGAGCGGAAGGCGAGGGGAGUCGGCGUCGGGGUGGAUCAGCCUGCCGAGUUGAUGUGGAACCGGCCGGAUCCCGCAGACGGCUCGGUGUCGAGGGAGCGCCGGCCGUGGUGGAGGCACAUGUGCCAGGCGUGCCAAUCGCAGGGCGGGAGACGGAAGGCGGAGCCGUGCUCCUGGAUCAAGGACUUCCGGCUGGGCGACUACAAGUGCGCGCCGUGCGUCGAGAAUAACAUACCCUGCGUGGACCCCUGGACGGGGCAAGAGUACGCCACGCCGUACUUGUGGACUGGCCAGGGGGACAAGAUCAUCUAUGACAAGACGACUGUGGCCAGGAAGGAUCGGAACCGGUGCACCAACUGCGCGACAAACCAGGCCAACUGCCGGGGCUUCAUCGGCGAGGGCGACUUUGCGUGUAUUCGAUGUACGUCCUGGGGCCUGACGUGCGAGCUGCCGGGUAACGGCAGUCGGCAUCCGCCCCAGGAGCUCCCGGUCAUGGACAGGAAGAUGAUCGGGUGGCCCGGGGGCACCAAGCACGCUUCCGACAAGGGUAUGACGUUUCGCGGAUGCAAGAGAUGUCGGCAAAAUGGCUUAAACUGCGAUCGCAAGCGGCCGUGUGAUAAGUGCUUCAGCCAAGGGGCGGCGGCGGAGUGCGACUCGUGGGUACUGGGCAAGGAGCUCUGUAAACGCGACCAGACCCUCGGCGACGAUGCGCCAGAGUAUUAUAUGGCUCUCGGGUACGGCCCCCGAGGUGUCGACGACGAUCGGGCCAUGUGCCUGGAAGACCGGCUUGUCGGACCAAACAUGCCCAAGCAUGCAGACAUGAUGGAACGACCUCCUGCUCCCGUCCCGGGUGAAGCCCAAAGCCUGGAGGGACAGCCAGUCCAACGUCAGUUCGGAGGAGCCGUUGGCAACGGAUACGCCACCUUCUUCGGCGGGGACAGCGGGGUUGGCGGGACCGCACCGCCGCCGCGGGGCACGGCCGCAGCCGGAUACCAGGAUGUCACCGCACCAUCCAAUCCGCUGGCGUUCUUCGACCCGGCCCAGCCCUACGGCAACCAGGACCACAUCCGCCUCCAACAUAACAACAUGAUGUACGGCGAUAACAACGCGGCCGCCAAGGCAACGGAGACCGGCGAAGGGUUCUCAAACUGGCUGGGCAACUACAACCAGAGCCGUCACCAGGCCGGCCCGAACAACCAAGACUUCAACGCCCAGGCUCCAUUCGAAGGCCAGCCCCGGAACCAGAACGAGAUCCAGUAUAUGCUGGGCAGUAGCUAUUCCACGUCCUCCAAGGCCCUAGUACAAAUGGCCGAGUCACCGCCGCCGAUCCCCAUCGACCCGCAACUCCAGGAGGCCAUGGAUGUCGGACCCGAAAGCAGAGCCCGAGAUGACCGAGAGCAAUCCGAAAUAACCCGUGAUAUCAGCGGCUACAUGGCGAAUUAUGCCAGAGCUACCCGCUUCGUGCCGAUCGAGCUCCGCAACUUCAACCCGCCCGAAGUUGCCCAGACCCCGUCAGCCGCUCGUAUCGGGCCUCCGCUCAGGGUCCUCCUGGAGUUGAAAGAGCAGCCCGCAGACGAAAGCCCCCGUCAACCGCCACCGCCUCCGUCGUGGAACCCCCCGCCUUACGACCCAAAGCUGCGCGAUCUGCUCUCCAGGUGGAAGAAGCCCUCCCUCAACGUCUUCCACGACGUCCCCGACGCGCCCCUCGCCAGCGGCCAACAACCACACGACCAGCCCUGCGAGGAAGUCAAGCCCGGCGCCCCAGACAACAUCUGCAAGCAAAACGUCCCCGAUGGCGCCUUUUGCGAAAACCAGGAGCACGUGGCGGCACGCCCCAAACAGUUUGUCGUCUGCAACGACUGCAAUCUAUCCUCAAAAAAGACCCUCUUCGAAGGCCCGCACCCCCUUAUGCGCGCCGAGUUCCUCAACAUGCGCAACUACGCCUGCGGCGCCUGCGCCAUCACAAACGAGAGCUCCGCAGCCUUUGGCACGCCGGAAGUGCCCCUGAAUCCGGUGACGGGGUGCCUCUGCGCGGCCAAACUCCUCGGCCGGAGGCUGUGCCAGCACCACCGGUACCAACUGGCGCAGCGGCUCAUGGUGCAGGUGUCACUGGUGCUCGAGUGGGCGAUUACCAAUUUUGGGCCGAAUAUGUGUCUUUUCUGCAAACAGGACGGCGUCCACGCCAAGGGCGUCGAAUCCGCGGGCGACAAAUGGACAGAGUCGUUGGUAUACGUGUGCCUCAACUGCGAGGGUGUUGUGCGCGAGAGCGUAAAGAGUGAGAUCAUGCCGGGCAUACAGGCCUGGAUGGGUGGGAGUCACCCGUUUUCUCUCUUUCAGGAGCCCUGGAUGCCUAUGGAGGGUGUAGAGCAGGAAGGCUUGUGA